AGGAGUACGUGUAGAUUUUCUAUCACCGAUUAAACAAAUAAUAGCAUUGCAGUAAUGUGACUACUUGGCAUGUGACUUUACAACCUAACCUGUGAGGAAACUCCAUAUAGGGUGUGCUUCUCAAACAGGUGUGGCUAGAGCUUUACUGCCCUGCUUGGAGUUUAAAUGGAGAGUGAUGCCCAGACUCAAAGUCUAACAGUGAUACUGCACACAUUCAAGCUGCUACACAGCGUUCCACCUGGACAACCAUCCCACUCAUGGAACUCAUGGAAGGAAGCGAGGAGCGCAACCGGGCCGUGGUGAUGUCUGUGGCAAAAUUUAACCAUGGGGUGCCCUUGGGAAAGAGGCCUGGGGCCAACCGGGAUGCCAAGUCGCUCCACCGCAGCCUGAGCAAGCUAGGCUUCAAGGUGGAUCUGCACAGCGACCUGAGCAGCGAGGAAAUCUACCAGCUGUUUUCUGAAGAGAGCAAGCGGCCUGUGAAGGACUGUUUCCUUGCUGUACUUUCGUCCCACGGGGAGGAGGGCUGCGUGUUCGGAGCAGAUGGGGAGCCCGUCUGGCUGUCUCGUAUCUUCACGUACUUCGACAAUGCAUGCAUGGAGAAAAAGACCAAACUGUUCCUCAUACAAGCCUGCCGGGGAAAAGCUCUGGAUGAUGGAGUGGAGGUGGAUUCCUGUCAGCAGCCACCCGACGGCAACUUCUCACACUAUUUCUCUAUCCCGGUGGAUACAGCUGUGAUGUUCGCCACAGCACCAGGUUACGGUGCUUUCAUGAACUUCUGUGGAUCAAUCUUCCUGCAGACGUUCUGCUCAUUACUAGAAGAGGAAGGCUACUCGGGCCUAGAGCUGACCAGGCUGAUGACCCGACUCUGCCACAGGGUCGCCUACACCUUUGAAGCCAAAGGGCGGCAGUACGACGGAAAGAAAGAGAUGCCGUGUUUGCUGACACGCCUGACCAGAGACGUGUUCCCAUUUGCAGACAUGGGGAAAGACAGCAAUGCUGCAAGAAUAUCAGCCACAUCACUGAUAGCUUCAGGGAAUGUUAGAACACGUAUUGCUUCACUCAGUUAGGAGCAGCUCACCAGUAUGCGUGACUCAGCAUUUAAGAAGACUGCCAUUAUCUGGAAGAAUGGCGAAAGGUGACUGAUAAAUCAGAUUCACCUACACGCCUCCUUCAGAACUUCUGUAGAAAUUCAGUGAAGGAGUUUUUCCUCCUACCUCAUGUUCAUACUUGUAUAUUUGUUGUACGUGGGAAGGUUUAUUUUUAAGUUAUUGAUCUUUUUAUUGU